AUGCCGGGCGAACGUAAGAUCGCAUCGGUGGUAGCCCUCCACAUCGGGCAGUUCAUGUUUUGCCGUAUCGAGACGGACGACUGCAUCGUUGGCUAUGGGGAGGCCGGUAUCUGGGGUCACAUCAAGACUGCCGGCACUGCCAUCGAGCGAUUUGCUGAAUACCUCAUCGGCAAGGAUGCAUCCGCCAUUGAGCACCACUGGAACACCAUGCAUCGAUUCAGCUAUUUUCAGGGCAUGGCCAUUAACGCGGCCAUCUCCGCCAUCGACAUCGCCCUGUGGGACAUCAAGGCCCGCGCCCUGGGCGUGCCCAUCUACGAACUGCUGGGGGGUGCAUGUCGAACCAAGGCCCGCGUAUAUUGCCACAUCUACGAGAGGACCAUCGACAAGGUACUAGAAGAGUGUAAAGUCAAGAUGGACGCGGGCUUCACCGCCUUCGGUCACAUCAAUCCCUUCCUCGACGAGGGCCACGACCAGGUGUACUUCAAGACGCACAUCAAGAAGAUGCGCGAUGCUAUUUCCAACGUGGAGAAGAUGCGUGGCGUCGUCGGCGAGAACGUUGACCUCCUCAUCGAGCUGCACCGACGCCUGACCCCGGCCGAGGCCGUGACUUUCUCUAACGGCAUCGCGCACACGCACCCCCUCUUUGUCGAGGACCCCAUCAGGCCCGAGAAUCCGGAUGCCAUGGCACGCGUAGCCGACCGCUUGGCCGUGCCGAUCGCGACCGGAGAGCGCUUCGGAACCAUAUACGAGUUCCAGGCACUCCUCGCACGCAACGCCGUCGAAUAUGUCCGGGUCGACCUAGCCCUGUGCGGCGGCAUCACUGGCGCCAAGAAGGUGGCUGCCAUCGCCGAGGCCCAUCAGGUGCAGGUCGUGCCACACAACCCUUUGUCCCCAAUAGGACUCUCUGCUUGCUUGCACCUGGCAGCUUCUAUCCCCAACUUCGCGAUACAGGAGUAUUCGACUGGUUUCGAGGCCGGCGUGUUUACGUCGAUCUCAAAGCACCUAGGCAGUGAUAUCGUGGACUACGUGCCACCAGUGCAUGACGGGUUUGUAAAUAUCCCAUCGGGUCCUGGGUUGGGAGUCAAGUUGCUUGACAAUGCUUCCGAACUCCGUCCGCCGUUGGUUCAGCCGAUGGAAAUGAGACCUCAUAAGGACGGCUUUAUUGUGGACCAAUAA